GCAACUUAUUUGUGCUUAGCCUGUUGCUGAAAGUUGUUGCAAAAAAGCUACAUCCUGGUUGUUAGGCAAAAAUUCCCACCCCCCCAAAGAAAUCCACCCCCUGCCUUGCCUAUAAAUGCUGUUGCUCCCUUUGCUGGAGGGGAGCCAGGAGUUGCCAUCAAGCAGAAUUGCUACCUGUGGAGGCGAAGGGACAGGGAAGGAAGGAAGACCAUGGGGCGAUUCUCCUUUCUCAGCCUCGCCUUGCUGGUCAUGGUCCUCUCCCUAAGUGGAGCCAAGGGCUGUUGUCCCAACGAAUGGUUCUCCAGCGGCAGCUUUUGCUACAAGGUCUUCGAUGAAGCCAAGACCUGGGAAGAGGCAGAGAAGUACUGCAAGAAGUACGACCACGGCUGCCAUCUUGCCUCCCUCGACGGCAAGGAAGAGGCGGAGGACAUGGCCGUGCACCUCUCUCAGAAAUUCAAGGCCAACAUCUGGAUUGGAUUGAGUCGCCAUCGCAUAAAGAAAACUGGAAGUGGAGUGAUGGCUCCAAAUUCAGCUACGAGUCCUGGAAAUCAGGAAAACCUGACAACAAGCAGACAAAUGAGAAUGUGUUGAGCUCUGGGCUGAAUCAGGUUACAAGAGCUGGAACAACGAGAAGUGUGCAUCCCUGCGUCCGUUCUUCUGCCAGUGCUCGUCCUAGUGCAAAUCUCUCCUGCUCCAGAGACAGUGAACUCCUGGUGAAAUUUGGAGAAGAAACAAAGCCCCACCCCCACCUUGCCUGCCAAAAUCUCUGUUUUGCCCCGCUUCGCUUCAUGGAUGCUUUUUCUACCUUGGAUCUGACUUUGCUCCUCCUGAUGGGCCAGGAGGUCAAAUAAAUUCUCUCUAGCAUG